AUGUUGGUUCAAAAGUCUCUCAUAAAAGUUGAUUCAUAUGGAAGAUUUGAGAUGCAUGACUUGAUAGAAGAAAUGGCUCACUACAUUGUUAGAGGGGAACACUCUAAAAGUCCGGAAAAGCAUAGCAGGAUUUGGAAGGAGGAAGACAUAGCAUACCUCUAUGAUAUGGGGGCAGAUGCACCGCCAAUGGAAACUGAAGUAUUAGCUAAUUUCCAUAGGACUAUUGAUCAUCCGGGUCUAUCUGAUGUUGUUUCAAGCAUGAAGAAACUUCGGUGGAUUCGUUUGUAUGACUAUCCAGCAUCUUCAUUCCCAUCAAAUUUUAAGCCAAAAGAGCUUGGUUAUCUAGAGUUGAUGGGGAGUCAACAAAAAGAACUCUGGCAUGGUUUAAAAGAGAUUGAUCCAUCAAUUGGAUAUCACAAAAGGCUUGUUUACGUGGACAUGGGAUAUUGUAAAAAACUUAAAAGGUUUCCACCCAUCAAAGAGAUGAAGAAAUUGGAGACUCUUGAUCUCAGUUAUUGCAUACAACUUCAACAGUUUCCGGAUAUCAAGUCGAACAUGGAUAGCUUGGUAACCCUUGAUUUGAGUUUGACUGAUAUAGAAAUAAUCCCAACGUCAGUUGGACGAUUUUGUACGAACCUUGUUUCUUUUAUUUUAUAUGGUUGUCAAAAACUGAAAAGGAUAGAGGGCAGCUUUCUUCUCUUAAAAAGUUUGAAAGACCUGAAUCUCCAUGGUUGUUUGGGUUUACAAUCUUUUCAUCAUGGCCGGCCGAUGAUGAGCCGGAAGCUACCUCAAUUUCCACGUUCUUUAAUGAAGCUGGAUCUUAGCGGGUGCAAUUUGGGAGAUGGAGACAUCCCAUCUAAUAUUUUUGAGUUAUUAAACCUACAACUUCUAUACCUAAGUCGUAAUAAGUUUUCAAGAUUACCUUCAGGCCUCUCUCAGAUGUCGUGUCUCAAGCUCCUCAAAUUGUCCAAGUGUGUGAACCUUGUAGAAUUGCCGGACCUCCCAUCAAGCAUAGCUAUUCUCUAUGCAAAUUGUUGUGACUCGCUUGAAAGUGUGGAAGAUUUAUCAAAUUAUAAAUGGUUGUGGAAAGUCUCACUUUGGGAGGGAGUGAAUAACAGGGUACUACUUUCUAUGCUUGAGAAGUAUAUCAUAGUUAUUAAGCAGGAGAUGUCCACGGAUCAAUCUGAGAAGUUUGAUAAAGAUUGUAGGGAACCAGAUAAAGAUUGUAGGGAACCACAUAACUACAAAAGGACUCAUAACAUUGGUCUUAAUGUGGAACUUGUUCGUAGUAAAAGUAAAAUAGGUGUAAGGCCUCCUAAUCCAAGAUCUCACUCAGUUAAUGCAACCAACAUGUGUGCGGAAUCCACCUGA